GUGAUUUGGGUCCUGUUUAUGGUUUUCAGUGGCGGCAUUUUGGGGCAAAAUAUGUAGAUAUGAGUAAAGACUAUACUGGAGAAGGUGUAGACCAGUUAACAUAUAUAAUCAAGCUGAUAAAAGAAAAUCCUAAUGAUAGGCGAAUUAUAAUGGCAGCUUGGAAUCCUGUUGAUAUACCAAAAAUGGCUCUUCCACCUUGUCAUUGUUUUGCACAGUUUUAUGUAUGUGAUGGAGAACUCUCUUGCCAGCUAUAUCAAAGAUCAGCAGAUAUGGGCUUGGGUGUGCCUUUCAACAUAGCAAGCUAUGCAUUGUUAACAAAAAUGAUAGCUCAUGUCACUAAUCUGGAACCUGGUGAUUUAGUGCACACACUUGGGGAUGCACACAUAUAUCUUAAUCACAUUGAAGCUCUGCAGGAACAGAUAACAAGAGUACCUAAACCCUUUCCAAAGCUAAAAAUAAAAAGGGAUGUUAAAAAUAUUGAAGAUUUUAAAUUUAACGACUUUGAACUUAUUGGAUAUGAGUGUCAUCCUCCUAUAAAAAUGAAAAUGGCUUUGUGAUUUUGUGCUGGGAGCUAUAUAAAAAUAGCUUUGUCAUAUAAAAAAUAAAAUGGCUAUGUGUAGUUGCUAAGGAUGUAGUUGUAAGAUCUGAUGUACAACUUUUGUUGCAAAACUAAUUUUGUACAAUUUGUUUAUAUUCGCAUAUAGUAUUUGUGAAACAUUAAUUGCAUAAUCUAGUUAGCAAUUUUUAAUAGUUCUAUAUAAAAUCAAAAAUUUUUUAAAUAAU